UCCUUGCAUGCUCUAAUUUGACAACCAGCCAAUCCGCGCCAUGACAGGCCGGCACGUGACGUAGGGUAAGUUCCUGCUGUGGAUUGAGGGAAACAGAUCGACAUUCAGCCACGGGAGAAUCGCACUUUGCGGCCUGUGGAAGCCCCCUCCCUGAGCGAUGGCCUCACCAGUCUCAGUCUACAACUCCAACGCCUUGGACACACACAUCUCCAGUUCCUCCAGAGAGUCUCUGAAGAUGGAGUUGUUAGCUGAUGUGUCUCUGCUGCCAGGGGAGGAGAGAAUUAUAGAUAAAGAAACCAUCUACAUCUGUCCAUUCAAUGGAGCUGUGAAAGGAAAAGUGUUGAUCACCAACUACAGACUCUACUUCAAGAGCGUAGACGCUGAUGUGGUGGUGAUGCUGGACGUUCCUUUGGGUGCCAUCAGUCGGGUGGAGAAGAUGGGUGGGGCGUCGAGCAGAGGAGAAAACUCCUACGGCUUGGAUAUCACCUGCAAGGACAUGAGAAACUUGAGGUUUGCCUUGAAGCAGGAAGGUCACAGCAGAAGAGAUAUCUUCGAGCUCCUCUUCAAAUACGCCUUCCCCCUCUCACAUGGUCUGCCACUGUUUGCAUACGUGACUCAGGAAAAGUACGGGGAGAACGGCUGGGACAUCUACAAACCCAUAGAGGAGUUCAGACGGCAGGGCUUACCUAAUAACAAGUGGCGUAUCACAUUCAUCAAUAAGAACUACGAGCUGUGUGACACCUACCCCACGGUGCUGGCGGUGCCCUUUAAAAGCAAAGAGGAGGACCUCAGGAGAGUGGCUGCCUUCAGGUCAAAAGGACGCAUACCGGUUCUAUCGUGGAUCCACAGGGAGAACCAGGCCGUGAUCGUCCGCUGCAGUCAGCCUCUGGUUGGCAUGUCGGGUAAAAGGAACAAGGACGACGAGCGCUACCUGGACGUGAUCAGGGAGGCAAACGACUCCACCAAGCUCACCAUCUACGACGCUCGGCCCAGCGUCAACGCUGUGGCCAACAAGGCCACAGGGGGAGGCUACGAGGGCGAUGAGUACCAAAGCGCAGAGCUCGUCUUCCUGGACAUCCAGAACAUCCACGUCAUGAGGGAAUCCCUAAAGAAACUCAAAGACAUCGUGUACCCCAAUGUGGAGGAAUCUCAUUGGCUGUCCAGUCUGGAGUCUACACACUGGCUAGAACAUGUUAAGCUGGUGUUGUCAGGAGCCAUCCAAGUAGCGGACAAGGUUUCCAGCGGGAACUCAGUGUUGGUUCACUGCAGUGACGGCUGGGACAGAACUGCUCAGCUCACGUCUCUGGCCAUGCUGAUGCUGGACAGUCACUACCGCACCCUCCGAGGAUUCCAGGUGCUGAUUGAGAAGGAAUGGAUCAGCUUUGGGCACAAGUUUGCCUCGAGGAUAGGUCACGGUGACAAGAACCAUGCAGAUCAGGACAGAUCGCCCGUCUUCGUUCAGUUCAUAGACUGUGUGUGGCAGAUGACGAAACAGUUUCCUACAGCCUUUGAGUUUAAUGAGCGCCUCCUGCUGACGAUCCUGGAUCAUCUCUACAGCUGCUGCUUCGGGACUUUCCUUUACAACUGUGAGAGUGCACGAGACCAGCAUGAGGUGAGGUUGAAGACGGUGUCUCUGUGGUCUCUGGUCAACAGCAAGAUGGAAAUGUAUUUAAACCCCUUCUACACCCCGGAGUCCGGCAGGGUCCUCUACCCCGUCGCCAGCAUGCGCCACCUAGAGCUGUGGGUAACUUACUACAUCCGCUGGAACCCACGCAUACGACAACAGCAGCAGAGUCCGGUGGAGCAGCGCUACAAGGAGCUGCUCGCCCUCCGAGACGAGUACUUGAAGAAGCUGGAGGAGCUGCAGCUGUCUGACUCCUCCCCUUCCUCCCGCCUGGCUAACACCCCCAACACCUCCUCCUCCACCUCCUCCACACCACCACAGCAAUACACACACCUACAAACUCCCCUCUGAGGGCUGGUGACACACACACACACACACACACACACACACACACACACACACACACACACACAGAUCUACUUGUUGACUUGCACUUAUUUCCUCCUCACUCUGAUUUGUCAGUCUCUCACACACGCAGGGAAUUAAUUAGUAUUGUGCAGUCCUAACUGUCGAUAACAAAGAAUAAUGCUAACAAGAUUUAGAUUUGAUGAGUUAUUCUAACAUCAUAGUGGUUAUGGUGAUGAUGGUGAUUUAUGCAAUAUGUCACAGUACAGCCUUGUCACGAGACUUUUCUACACACACGCCCUACAGGGAAGCCUUAAAGACAUUCAGUGGCUUUCAGUCCGAGGGCUUUUGAACACACAGGACACACAGUGCAAUGUGUAAAGGCGUCCGCAGAGGCAGCAGAGCGGAGGAAAAGCUGUUGGUGGUUUUCUUUUCUUUUUUUUUAUAAUCAAUCUAGCUCUUUAUGCUAAGCUAAGCUAACCGCCAUGGACCCAUCUGAUCUUCUCAUCUUUGUAGUUGAGCGUUGCGUUUCUUAUUUUGAUCUUGGAGAAGCCGUUGUAAAUCAAGGUUCUUCUUCCAACUUCUUACUUUUUCCACGAGCAUUUCAACAGGAAAGAUCCUGAGAUGCGCUUAAGAUUAUUUUUUGUCAAACGGCAUAAGAAUACAUAUUGACGUUUGAAGAGGUGAAGAGAGAAAAACCCCAAUGGGAAAUGAUACAUUUCACAGUUACAGCGAGGGGACACUUUUUGUCUCCGUCAGCCCAGCGCCUGCCUACGUCCUGCUACACAAGCGCCGGUGUCCUGUGUGAACAAAGCGAAAAUGCUAAUCAAGAUUCUCACUUCUCACACUUUCUUCCUACUUUUGCUGCACUGCUCCUGAGUGUUGCCUCUUUUUUCCUUCGAGGAGCUGGUUAGAAACUGCUGCAGAGCUCACGCAGUUGGAGGCUACAAGCUUCUACAGUGUCACUGUGUGGUUUGCCACAGCUAUCAGCUAAGCAGUAUUUUUCAGCACUUCCUAAGCUAUGGCGCUGAGAGCAAACGCAGUUCUAGCCAACUAGGGAGAGUUUGGUUUAGAAUUAAUCAGUAAACUUACUUUUUUUGAAUGCAGCUUCAAUAUGGUUUGAAAUAUAUUUCAGGUGCUCAAGAUAGUCUAGGGACAUGAAGUGGUGCUGGCCUCUGAUCCUGGAUCACGUCUUGUGCUUCUAUGUUCUCACUAAACACAGACCCCGGAUGGAGGAACCAGCCCAGGUCCAUGAUAGCCUUACCAUGCCAAGGUGUUUGAUACCAGCACACAGUUUUAGGGACAGUGAGAAGAAACCGGUUAGCUCUCACUCCCCCCCCCCCCCCCCCCACACACACACUUUUUAGUUUUUUUGUAAACCCGACUGUUUCUACAUAUGCUAUCCACAACAUAAGUCCCACGUGAAAACUCACGAGAUCUCAUCGCACAUGUGCCUUUUGGACGGGUGUUGAUAUUUUCCCACACAUUUUAAUUGGACACCAUGUGGGUCAGAUUUUUACAUCAAAGGGACAUUUUAGUUGAUGGACAAAAUGUUUCUAUUGUCUAUUUUGCCAGUCAUCUAAUUAGUCUAGGUACUGUCGUUGGGUAGACUUGCUUACAACUACUCGCUUGGUUGUCUGACUGCUCGUGUUUCCAUCCUGAUGGAUUCCAGAUCACAGCUUCGUGUAGCAAAUUGACUGUUGACGUCAUAGGAAUGAUGGGGAAAGCUAUAAAAAAAACAAAGUUGUAAAAUUAGAAGAAUUAUCAUUGAUUGUAUAUGGAAAGUAACUAAAAUAAUAAAAUUAAUGUAAACGAUAUAGAAAAAGAAAUGUCUUUCACAUGGGAAAUUUAAUGGAAGAAAAAAGGAAAAAUAAGUAACCUGUGAAUGACUGAAGUAGAUAUUUAUGAUAUGUCAGAAUUCUAGAGUACCACGUUUAGUUUAGAGAUUUAGUUUUUUAUGAGAGCAUUAUUUAUUUUUUAUUCUCAAAGAUGACAUAGUGAUCUCUCAUCAUUUGGAUUUAUCUGUCUCAAAAGUAUGAUCUGGUGUCUCAUAAUUCUGACUUUAAAAAGUACAUAUUUUGACUUAAAGUUGAGAAAAAAAAAACUGAAAGUGGAAAUUAUGACUUGCGACUUAUGACUUGACAAAUUAUGACUUAUUAUGUCAUAUAUAUGUUUUUUACUUACCUUCAGUAUUUUCACUUAUCAUUUCCUUUUUUUUUCUUGGCUCAAAUGGGUUUCCAUUAAAUUCCCCAAUUAGAACACAUGAAAAACCAACCUGUCCAAAAAGCACAUUCUUUAGUGGUUGUCUAUUUGGGUUUUGGUGCUGUGGAGCUGGUGUCUACAGAGCAGUGUGCAGAGUCGCACUCAUGACAUCACAUGGACAACUGUGUGUGUGUGUGUGUGUGUGUGUGUGUGUGUGUGUGUGUGUGUGUGUGUGUGUGUGUGUGUGUGUGUGUGUGUGUGUGUGUGUGUGUGUGUGUGUGUGUGUGUGUGUGUGUGUGUGUGUGUGUGUGUGUGUGUGUGUGUGUGUGUGUGUGUGGUUAAAAGGUAUGUUAGAAACAGAGAAUUGAACUGCUUGAUAUGAGGAUUUUGCUGCUAACUCUAAGGGCUCCCAUUUUUGGUUAAUUUACAAACAGUUUACUCGGACAGAAAAAUAAAUGGCCAGUGUGCUGGUAACACGUGACUUCUAUCACAAAUGUAUAUGUACUGUGUCAAGAUGAAGACGAGAACUGUUUAUUACAAUCAUGAGUUUAAGUUCUCUGACACCGAGCCUGUUCCGAGUGUGGUACUCCUCAGCCUCUGGCACUUUGUUACAACACGGGCCACUUAAUAAAUAGCGGGGGCUUGAUUACCGGAGUACUGUUGUGUGAGGAUUUGAGUGUAUUCCCUUCUAUUGCCAGCACAUCAUAAUCCCUUUUGAGAGAAAUUGAAAAAAACAGUUAUGUUACCAGCUUUGAGGUCCAUCACUGAAAGCGAGAAUAAAACCAAUGUAUAGCUAUUAAAAGGAGUUCCAGACCUGGUCCUGGUCGCAGUUUAACUUUUAAAGCUGCAUUCACACCAAAAUUGGGCGUCGCGGCGAUUAGCGCAGACUUGUCACUUAAAAUGGCCUGUUUGAGUGACACUCAUUGGAUCGACACAUUUUAUUCGAAUGGCCCAUUGGAAUUUGAAUGGAUCGCUGGUUGCGCAGUCGGGUUGCGUUUCUCCAAAAGUUGAUUCCGCGACCAAAGCGCACCACCCACAUUGAAAUCGAUUGGUAGAACUGGCAUUUUUUCGCCUGAUUUCGGUGUGAAUGCAGGCUGCAACCGUGCUGUGCUCUGGCUCCAUACCCAGGGGAAACUGCUCAUAUUAUUUUUGUUCAAAUCAAUACAGGGUAGAUGCACCAGGAAGGCUACUUGGAGCACCACUGUAGAUCAUUUCCACCUGACACUAUAUUUGUAACAUUUCAUUAAAACCUCCUUCACAAAUGAAUAUUAUGCCACAAUACCCUAGAGGUUCUGAGGUCGAACGCUGUGGGUUGGGUUACUUACCAAAACGCUCUUUUAGAGUUCUAGACUUUAGAGUUACCUCUACUUUGUAUGAUGUACACAGGACACAGAAAGGGAAUUUACUUAUGGAACUCUACAGCCUCCUUGAAUUCCUUAAAAUAAGCAGCCUUGCUAGUAAAAGAGACAUUUGAGUUAAGCAGGCUUCCAAAUAGCCAUCUUAGACUCCCAAUACAUUUCCCCCCUGGGGUUUCCAGCAAGUUGGAAUCAACAAUGCAUUGUAUGUACAAUGUGACAAUUUCAAUUGUGAAUGAGGUGCAAUAAGUCAUUCCGCAAAGUGUGUCAGGUCAUGUCCAGAUUUGUGCCUUGAUUCUUGUGUGAAUCGCCUUCACCUCUUAAGAGAAACGUACUCUAGCUAUCCUGGGUCAUGUUUGAGAUGGACUGCUCUGUGAUUCAGGGUUCCAAAAGGAAUAAAGCGUGCAUCCUCUGGUUUUGGGAGGAUGCCAUGCUGUUGUUUUAUGGGUCCGUGCCAGUUUGAAGUGGGAGGAAGUGGGCGGUCUCUGCUUGCAUUCCACAAGUAACUACAGAGUGUAGAGGACAGAGCAGAUAACUAAGGUACCUUUCCCUGGGUUAAAUGAAGCCUCUGUCUAUCCCCUUCAAAUCAUACACUGCGGGACUCUUAAGUUUGACCAGAGUUUUUUCUUGCUACUAUGUUAGCUAUUAAAGGGAUCCCUUUGGCCCACCGCCAGAUACAAUUGAUAACUGCUUCCGCUGUGCUUUUAGUACAGAGAUACAGAAGGUCUAAGGCAUAUUUAGCCUAGCUAGAAUGGUCAAGUUAAUUCCCUGCUUUGGAAAGCCCCUGUGAGAGGAGGGCUGUGUCCGAACAUUUCACCCACUUCACGCUGAGAUAGGUCAGCUGUGUAGGUGAGAAAAGAACCAAGGCUUGAACUUUUAUUUUAUUUUUUGCUUUUAUUCUUCUCACAACUAUUUCUGUCACUUUUGAUGAGAACAAUUGAGUUCAACAUCGUGAAUCUGCCAGGAGAUACAGUCUAAAAAUGUGUAUAUACUAUUCGAAAUUACGGCUGCGGAAGGUCAAGGAAAGGUUUUUGGGAAAAUUCUUAGGACGUAAUUUUUUUUGACUUCGUUUUUUGAGAAUGAAUCCUUCUUUACCUUCCAGACGGGUGUAAUUCCAAUGUUUGGCCAACAGAUGUCGCCAAAGCUUUGUUUCUUUGUUUCUGUGUAACUACAGCAAGCGGUCAAAUUGAAAUCUUGGUGUUUCAUGGAGUUUCAAGAGGGAAUAGGGCUACCUGUAAGUAUGUCAAAUCUCAAACAUGACUCUUUUCUAUGUGUGGGUGGGUCGGAGUGGGCGGAUUGGAGAGUGAAACCGGAUUCCUAUGUUCACAGAGAGGUAAAUUAACAGGUUCUACCAAAUGGAUACUUUUGACAAAGUAUUUGAUGUCCUCCUAUGAAAGGUCUGAUCUCAUUAAAGAGGUUUGUGGGUAAAACAACAGACAGAAAAGAAGCGACAGCAACAUAAAAAGUGUACAUUGGUUGGGUGGUUGUGUUUUUAGGGAAAAAACAGAUGAAAAUCUAUUUUUAUUAUUUUUUACUUUGUACAAGCACCAUGAUGUAAUUACCUCAAUCAAAACCUAUUUUACUGUCUAAAGUUCUAUUGUUGUAAAAUACAAUUAUUUUAUGUAGUGUAAAAUCUUACAGUUUUAUAAAAAAGGAAAGUAAUGUCGGUUCAGAAAUUGUUGGUAUAAAUUGUGGAUUUCUGCUCCAUUGAUUUUAAAAAAAGAUUUGUUUUAUUUUUGAGGGCAUUUCUUUGGUUUGUACUCGCUAACCCAGGAUUAAAAGACGGAAGCUUCUGGAUACUGUUCCCUCGUAACAAACGUUGACAUCUUCCUCUCAGUUCUCUGAGGUGAUGAAUCUGAGAAGUACUCUGUCAUCGUUCAUUUCAAAUGUACUCUUUUAUUAAUGUAGGGGAUUGUAGUUUAAAGGGUUUUGUGUCAUAAUAUAGCCUGCUUUUUAAUAAAUACACAUGAAAUGUGUUUCAGGAUCUUUUUGUCAUCAAGGGAAAGUGAAAUCAGAAUAAAUACAUUUCAAAUGUAUUUCUUUGAAUCAUGUUAUAUCCUCUCCACAGUUUGUUGGAUGGGUCCUGUUAUGUAAAUAUUACUGAUUAAAUUAAUUUAAGCAUUUCUGACUCUG